AAAUGGAUCAACAAUCAAAACAUGGCAUAAGCAGUUUGUUUCAAUUUAUGAGUGAUUGCGUAAUGCAACGUGAAAAUUUUGCAAACGAGUGAAGGGGGGCGAGAGGAGAGAGGUGGCAGAAUGCAUGGUUCAUAUUGAAUCAAUCAACCCAAAUGAUUUGUAUUUUGCAGAUUUCCAUUAUUCUCUUUCCAAACUCCCUCUCUUGUUUUAUCUCAACAAAAUGUGGCUGUUCAGAAGAAAAGGGCCCUCUGGAUUUUCAUCCUCUUCCACCGCCGAAGAAGUUACUGAAGGAAUCGAUGGCUCUGCUCUCACCGCCAUUGUCACAGGAGCAUCGAGCGGUAUCGGCUUUGAAACUGCACGUGUUCUUGCAUUACGUGGAGUCCAUGUCAUUAUGGGAGUUAGGAAUUUAGAAGCUGGUAGAAAUGUCAGAGAAGCCAUUGUCAAGGAGAAUCCCUCUGCAAAAAUUGAUGCCAUGGAGUUGGAUCUCAGCUCAAUGGUGUCUGUAAGAAAAUUUGCCUCGGAUUACCAGUCAUCUCAGUUUCCACUUAACAUCCUCAUUAAUAAUGCAGGAAUAAUGGCUGUCCCUUUUGGACUUUCAAAAGAUAACAUAGAACUGCAAUUUGCGACGAACCACUUAGGCCAUUUUAUUUUGACAGAUCUACUAUUGGAAAAUAUGAAGAAAACUGCCAUUAAAAGUGAGAAAGAAGGAAGAAUUGUAAAUGUCUCCUCGGAAGCUCACCGUUACACGUAUCCUGAAGGCAUCCGGUUUGAUGAAAUUAACGAUGAAUCAAGGUACAAUAAAAUGCAGGCUUAUGGCCAGUCAAAGCUAUCUAAUGUUCUGCAUGCGAAUGAACUUGCGAGACGUUUCAAGGAAGAAGGAGUAAACAUAACUGCAAAUUCACUUCACCCCGGAAUAAUUCGUACCAAUCUUUUCCGCCACUUCAGUUAUGGCAAUGGUAUAGUAAACACUGUUGGCAAACUCGUAUUUAAAAGCGUCGAACAGGGUGCAGCAACAACAUGUUAUGUGGCAUUGCAUCCACAAGUGAAGGGGGUGAGCGGUGAAUAUUUUCUAAAUAGCAACCUACACAAGGCCAGUCCACAUGGCCAGGAUGUUGACUUGGCUAAUAAACUUUGGGAUUUUACCACUAACUUAAUCAAGUAAUCCAACUCUUUUUUUCUCCGUACAUUUUGUUGUAAUAUUUCUAUCUAUGUUUUUAGGAAGCUGCAUUAAUAUCUGACCAUUUAAGUUAUGCUCGGGUCCAUCGUUGUGUCUGUAUCUUGUGUGGAGUUGCAAUAAAGUUUAUGAUAAUCCUCUGGUUUGCCAAAGAGAAAUGAUAUUUAAGUUGGUUCUUUUUUUCU